AUGUUCGCAAACCCUACUCGGUCAGUACCUGAAAACCUGAAAAAUGAGAUUUCCAAGUUUUUUGAGUCGAGUGAAUUGGCUGAAAAAGAAAUAAAAGUAAUCCAUGAAUUAGUUAACACCGCUCUGCAUCAAGACCCUAUUGAUGAUUCGAAAUACAUGAUGGAAGAUUUGAUUGAGAUUAUGACUAAAAGAUAUUCGAAAGAUCCUGAAUUAGUCAAUCUUUUGGAAAGAUUUUUAGUUACACAAUUGUGGAAUGACAUUACAAAACCACCUACUAUGCUUGCUGGAUACAGUUACCGUAGCAGUGAUGGAUCCGACUACAGCAGGCUCAGACUCUAUUCACAAAUUGGAAAAGCCGGUUCCCAAUAUGCGCGAACUGUUCCUAUGCAAAAACCUUUUAGUAAACUUCCUGAUGCUAGUCAAAUUUUUGAUAGUGUCAUGAGGCGUGAUAAAUUCAUCCCUCAUGGUUCUGGUAUCAGUGCAACGUUGUUCUAUCUGGCCAUAAUAAUUACGCAUGAUUUAUUCAAUUCUGAUCCUCGUAAUUAUUCAAUCAAUCGAAACUCCUCCUACGCUGACCUUUCUCCAUUGUACGGAAGUAGUGAUGAAGAACUGGCUAAAGUUCGUACCGGUGUAUUAGGUCAAUUAAAGCCAGACACGUUUGCUGACUCUCGAAUGCUUGUACAACUACCAGGUGUAUUCAAGGAUGACGAGCACCUCUUUCAAACAGCUCGGCUGAUUAAUUGCGGAUAUUACCUGAAAAUCAUUCUCCGUGAUUAUCUUAGUUCUAUACUUGGUCUCGAUCAAACUCCAUCAGACUGGUUCCUCGAUCCAACAAAGCCUUAUGCCAUCUCGGACUCUGAUGCGGAAUGGAUUGACAAUGAGUUCAAACGCAUUCUGGGAACAGAUAAUUUAGAAAAUGUCGAUCCAAAGACAUUUGUGAUGAAGAUGGUUGAGUGGCAAAAUACUCUACCCAAAGAACCAUCUAAAUGGACAUUUAAUAAUAUGAAAAGAGAUGAAAAUGGAAAAUUCGCAGAUAGUUCUUUCGGAGCGAAUAAUAUUCCCGCAGCUUUACGUAUUAUCGAGAUUGCUGGAAUUCAAGUAGCUAGAGACUUGGGAGUAUGCAGUCUUAACGAUCUUCGCAAAUUCCUUAACUUGGUACCUUAUACUUCAUUUGAGGACAUGACAGAAGAUAAAGAAUUAGCAAUCAAACUUAAAACCCUUUAUGGUGAUAUUGAUAAUGUUGAAUUGUAUCCUGGUCUCAUGACAGAAAAGACUAAGAUCGCUGGCAAAUUGGGCUCAGCGAUUGGGCUUCCUUUCACAGUUAGCCGUGGUAUUCUGUCAGAUGCGGUUAAUCUCGUACGAAACGAUCGUUUCGCAACAGAUGAUUUAAACCAGCAUAAUACAGGAUGUUGGGAUUGGAAAAACCUUGAAAUUCCUGAAAAGCAAUUUGAGUCAGGUGGCAUUAUACAACAACUUAUCCUAAAACAUCUCCCUGGUAUUUAUUCCAAUAAUUCGGUUUAUGCUUUAUACCCUUUCACCAUACCCACAAGAACUAAGGAGAUACUUACACAACGUGGUGACGAACUACAGAAGGUUAUCGAUUUUAGCAAGCCUAAGAUUUGA